CGUCUCACGGGCAUUGCAGCGUAAGCUUUCCGCGGAUGUGGCGCGGUAUCAGCAGACCAUGUCCUAGUAUGGUUGUGGUAUAAAAUAGUGUCCAAGCACACUAGCGGUUUGUCAGGAUGACUUCAGAUGAUGCAUCUAAACGUGUGUACAAUGAGAGAGAAGCUCUACGACUAUGGAGCUUCGUUUCGGAGGUCGACUGGACGGAGCGGUGGAUCGUGGCCCUGUUAGUAUUCCAUGUGACCAUGUUCGCGGUCGCAGUACUGGCAAGGCGGAGGCUGAACAUGCAGUUUGCCAUCUUCGUAAUCCUAUUGUCCUUGGUGUACUUCUCAGAAGAUAUCAACACUUUUGCUGCCCAAAAUUGGAGGGCGUUCUCAAAUCAGCAGUAUUUUGACAGCCAGGGAAUGUUUGUAUCUAUCGUAUUUUCUAUGCCCAUACUUCUCAACUGCCUGCUUAUCGUGUGUAACUGGCUGUGGCGCACGAACGGCGCGCUCAGCCAGGUGAUGCGCCAGGAUCUCACCAACAAGCGGCGGGAGGGCAGCGCCAAGAAGGACGAGUGAGCCGGGGAGGGUCGCGUCGCGGCUUGCCGACGCCCGCGGCCUUUGCAAGGAUCACACUGCCGACGCGGGGCGGGGACGGGAAGGGUGGGCGCCAAGCUGCUGGCACUGUGCCGGCAUCCUGGAUGGGACGUGCUCGUGGCUAAAUCAGCUGGAUUGCUGUGAGGUUCAGGUAGAAAUUGUAAGCUGGCCAUCCCCAGCUUGUGACGAUGUGUGUUGUGUUGAUGACUGAAGCUGGCCGUGUAAAUGUUACUCAUCGGUAUCCGUUUGCCGCCUUCAUCUAGACGUCGUGCACGGGAUGUUGUGAUAUUUCCCCGGCAUAACGAAUAGUGCUAUGGCGCUCCGAACAUCGACAAUAUUUCCGCCGAUAUGUACAUAACUGUGUGCUGAAAACAGGCCCAGUGCCAUGUUGACCAUUUGUGCUGUAACGGGUUUGCGUGUUUUUGAGUGCAGUUCGGGGGAUAAACGUAUGCUGCAGAAAGGUUAACACAAACGUGAAGAUGAUUUUAUGCUGUAACGGGGCUAUUUACAAACAUUGUUUUGCGAGGUGACGGCUGAAAACUUUUACGCUCAGACGGAGCGAGUGCGCGCGCAUUAGCGUUGUUGAUACAGCAUGUUAUAUCCUGCCGUUGUAAUGAACCAUGGGAGUUUAUGCCUGACUUGCAGGAAUAUUCUUUUAUUAUAAUCGGUCAGGACGUCCCCGGCCGGACCGUUUAGAAGCCAAUGUUGUUGAGAUAGCACGAUGCAUUCUAAAAUGGUCACUCGGUGGUUUGCGACACACACAACAGACCCCAGCAGAUCGACUUGUUGCUACUUCUUCAGAAAUCCGUCGGCUCUUUUCGUUUUUUAUAUCAUCGUUCAGAAUCUCCGUGAGAAAAACCCAUUCCGAAUCGACCCGGAUUUACCAACCCAGUAGAGAAAUUUCUGCUAAACGGACGAUUUUCAAAACAUUUUGGAGUGACGUGCUAUUCCGUGACACGGUCGGCCGCCGCUCGGCUGAGCCGUCCUGGUCACCACAGCACAGCGUGCACAACGGCGAGGCACA